CUGUAACAAAUCUCCAUCGUCGCCGUCCUUCUUAUUUAAAGCCCACCUCUCACCUCUUUCCCUCUUUACUUCUCUACCAAAAACCUUCUAAUUCACACAAAACAUGACCCCAACGGCAAUGGGACAGCUCUGGACUAAUGUCGGCUCUUUAAUGGCGACCGUCAUGUUUGUAUGGGCAAUUAUUCAGCAAUAUUUCCCUUACCAUCUCCGUGCCCAUAUCGAAAGAUACGUCCACAAAUUCAUCGGUCUUCUCUACCCUUACAUCACAAUCACCUUCCCUGAACACACAGGCGAGCGUCUCAGGAAAAGUGAAGCCUUUACCGCCAUCCAAAAUUACCUCAGUUCAAGAAGCUCAAUUCGGGCCAAACGGCUGAAAGCAGAGGCGGUCAAAGAUAGCAAAUCUUUGGUUCUUAGUAUGGAUGAUAACGAAGAAGUUAUUGAUGAAUUUCAAGGCAUUAAGAUUUGGUGGACUUCUAGUAAAACCGUGCCUAAAACACAGAGUAUCUCUUAUUACCCUGCUUCUGACGAGAGACGAUUUUACAAGCUAACAUUCCACCGGCGACACCGGGAAACCAUUCUCGAGUCUUUUAUUAACCAUAUUAUGGAAGAAGGCAAGGCGGUGGAGCUCAAAAACCGGCAACGGAAGCUUUAUAUGAACAAUUCCAACACGAAUUGGUGGCAUAAAAGUAGUUGGAGACAUGUUCCUUUGGAGCACCCUGCAAAUUUUCGAACUCUAGCUAUGGAUCCCAAGAAGAAACAAGAGAUUGUGAAUGAUUUGGUAAAGUUUAAGAAGGGAAAAGAGUAUUAUGAGAAAGUGGGGAAGGCUUGGAAACGUGGGUAUCUUCUGUACGGUCCACCGGGAACAGGAAAGUCCACCAUGAUCGCUGCCAUGGCGAAUUUCAUGGAGUAUGAUGUUUAUGAUCUCGAGCUGACAUCUGUUAAGGAUAAUACAGAGUUGAAGAAGCUGUUGAUUGAGAUUUCGAAUAAAUCGAUUAUUGUGAUUGAGGAUAUUGAUUGUUCGCUUGAUCUUACUGGGCAACGGAAAAAGAAGAAAAAAGAGGAGGAAGAUGAAGAGAAGAAGAAAGACAUUGAGAAGAAGGUUAAAGACGAAGAGAAUAAAGAGAGCAAAGUGACACUUUCUGGGUUGUUGAAUUUCAUCGAUGGAAUUUGGUCGGCGUGUGGUGGAGAGAGGUUGAUUAUUUUCACGACAAAUCACAAGGAAAAGCUUGAUGAAGCUUUGAUUAGAAGAGGAAGAAUGGACAAACAUAUAGAGAUGUCAUAUUGUGGUUUUGAAGCAUUCAAAGUUCUUGCUAUGAAUUACUUGGAUGUUGAAUGGGAUGAUUCGUAUGACAGAAUCCGGGAGUUGUUAGAGGAGACGGAAAUGACUCCGGCGGACGUGGCGGAGAAUUUGAUGCCGAAAUAUGAAGGUGAAGAAACAGAGGAGUGUUUUAAGAGAUUGAUUGAAGCUCUAGAGAAUGCAAAAGUUGCAGCGGAGAAGAAGAAAGCAGAGGAAGAAGCUGAAGCUGCAAAAAAGGCAGAGAAGGAGAAGGAAGAGAAGGAAAAAGAGGAGAAGAAGAAAGCUGAAGCUGCAGAAAAGGCUGAGAAGGAAAAAGAAACAUCUGAGAAGAACAAAAAUAAUGAAUGUAAAUGCAAUGGGGCUGCAACCAAACAAGUAAAGGAGAAUGGUCACAUGGAGAAAAAACAGAACGAUUGAAGCAUGAUGCCAAUAUAGGGUGAUGAUUCAUAUCAACUUUAAUUGAUUGGAUUAUAAUAGAAGAUGGGCAAGUUUAGAUUUGUGAUGAUUACUGGAUUAUAGUUGCAUUGUGUGGACAUAUGAUUGUUGUAUUAAUAUGCUUGUUAUAUGAAUUGAUGUAAAAUAAUUUCAGCGUACUGGCCAAUACUCACCAAAUGGUCAUAUUCACUGUCAUUGAUUCUUUGUUUUUAGGGACAAAUACAAAAUGCCUAUAAUCUUGCUCUA